GAAUCAUGGGAGCACUUACAGUUGCAAGUUGAACGUGGAACGAGCCGGGGAAUUCUACUGUUGGUCAUCAUGGUGGUACUCGGAGAGAUGUUUUCACAGGUGGUACAGAGAAUAAAACGUUUGACAACCACUGCUUUAGAUUUAUCUCAGUGACAUAAGCUGCCCACAGGAGGCAGCAGAGGACCAGCAGCUGCUGCUUUGCCAACAUGUGUAAAAAUCACUGAUCAUUAAUUUUUAAUUCAAUGCAUUUUUUAUUGUUAGUCGCUUCUUUCGUUAGGUCACAGCUCAAACUCUGCCUUUGUUCAGAAAAUAAUCAUUAAGAAGCGUUGUUUAAAUCACCGUAUCUUAUAUUUAAAUGUUUUAUUUCAAUUGAUUUGUUGAUGAAAGAAGCUGUUGCUUCGUGGAUGGAUGUUUUUUAAAGCCGCAUCUGCUGAUCGACACUGGCACUUCAGCCGUCACGUGACCUGCUUCCUUGCUCUCGCGGAGCUUGACUCGUAUGCGAGAGCAGCUCUACAGAUUCCGUACGAGACCCGAGCUUUAAGUCAUCUACACCACAGAACCCGGACCAGGGCCAGAACCUGGCGUCUCCACGUUUUUGCGGUCAUGGACGUGUCGACUCACAGCCUCUUCCUCCUGCAGCAGCUCAAUGUCCAGAGAGAAUUUGGUUUUCUGUGCGACUGCACCGUUGCCAUUGGAAACGUCUACUUCAAAGCUCACCGCGCCGUUCUCGCCGCCUUCUCCAACUACUUUAAGAUGAUCUUCAUCCACCAGUCCAGUGAGUGUAUAAAGAUCCAGCCCACUGACAUCCAGCCUGACGUCUUCAGUUACCUCCUCCACAUCAUGUACACUGGGAUGUGUCCCAAACAGCCUGUGGACCAGCGCCGCCUGCAGGACGGCGUCAAGUUCCUUCACGCCUACAAACUGUGUCAUCAAACAGACGAGGUCACCACUGACCUCAGCGCCGAGGGCGUUCGCAUGUCCAACUUGUACGGAAUUCAGAUUUCUUCUCAACUGGCCCGCAAGGAGGCCUCCAGAGUUCCCAAGACCACCACCUCGUCCACCUGCGGGGGACAUGCUAACCUACAGCUGUCUCCCAACGGGGGACUGGAGGGAGUCAGGUUGGAACACCAGGAGGCGCUCCCUAACGUCUGCUCUGUGGCUUCAGGCGAGGACUCCGAUGUCUUGACUCGGAUAAAACUGGAGCAGGUGGAGGAGGAGGAGGAGCAGGAGGAGGGGGCCAAGAACAUCGAGGAGGAGAGGUCUGUGUCUCCCACUCAGGACCACAGUCCCAAGCUCCAGUUUAGAGAGCUCCCCCUGGCACUGCUUUGUCCACGCUGCGGACAGCGCUGCUCCUCACCUGAUGGCCUGAGGGAUCACCUGUUCGGCCACGCGUUUGACCCCGCACUUCAGAUAGAGGAGUUGUCACAGAGUGGAGCCCAGGAGGGGUCGUUCAGGGGUCAGGAGCAGCUGGACGCCGGACACCUGGAGGAGGCGCUGCGGCAGAGCCGGGCGCUGGCUGACCAGCUGGCCGCUGAGUUAAGGAGGAGCCGAGGAGGUGGUGGAGGAGGCCGGGGCAGCCCUACCCCCGGUGUUCCUCACUCCCGUAAACGUAAGAUCGCCUGCGCCGUCUGUAGCCUCCGAUUUUCCCACAAGAGCCAGCUGCAGGAGCACAUGUACACACACACGGGAAAACCACGCAUACACCGCUACAAUCGCUUCUGCAGCCAGCUCUUCUCUGGCCCCGCCCACCUCUGUGAAGGUGCCGUGGAGCACGGGCCGGGGCCGGGGCUGGGGCUGGGGGCCUCCAUCACGUCCGCUGCAGCCGCCGUGCUCCCUGAAGGAGUCAACAGUAAGGACAACGGCAGCCCCCCCGACUCCCUGGACUCUGAGGUCUCACAGGGCAGCGUGGACGGUCUUCAUGUGGAGUGAUGUCCUCAGGUGGUGUGAUGGGCUCUCUUUGUAUUGUUAGUCAUGUGACCACAGUGUGGCGCUGUGAUGAAACAUUUUGGAUCAGGAUUCAGACGUAAACUUCAAAAAGGUGAGAAACGUUUGAGCCUCAGAAUCUCAAGACCUGUCCAGAAACUUGGAGACAACCGAAAAGAUCCGAGACUGAGACUCAAAGACUCCGAGACUCAAAGACUCAGACGCUCAGACUCAGACGCUCAGAGACUCAGACGCUCAGAGACUCAGACGCUCAGAGACUCAGACGCUCAGAGACUCAGAGACUCAAAGACUCAGAGAUUCUAAGACUGGCUCUUUGUGUUAAACUUUGACUCCUGACGUUGUUGUGCUUCAGUGUAAAAUGUUUUUUUCCAAUAAAACAAAAGCAUUUUUUGUCGUGAUGUUUUUGGAAAUGUCCUCAGCCAAUCAGAGGAUGACAGGAAGUUACUUUGUUCACGUCCAGAUUUGAAACAGAUUCAAAAGAAAAAGUGUUUUUGAUUUCAAAUGUAUUCACGUCCCUGGCAGUUUAUUACACUGUAAUUAUGUCUUAAUUACAGUUGGUUCGUUAGUGAAGUGAUUUUUGUCACGUUCCUUUGAAGUGUACACAUCAAUGACAUGUUAAUUAUUGGAUAAAUGUGUUCUUUUAAAUAUAUUUCUAUAUAUAUGUGG